AUGCCUGAGCAAACCUUGAAGAACAGUUUUAUAUCUGAACUGGCCCAGGACAACAGUGUUAUGUCUGAGCCUGCCCAAGCCAACAGUGUUAUAUCUGAGCCUGCCCAAGCCAACAGUGUUAUAUCUGAGCCUGCCCAGGACGACAGUGUUAUGUCUGAGGCGGCCCAAAACAACAGUGUUAUAUCUGAGUCUGCCCUAUCCAGNAUCAGUGUUAUGUCUGAGCCAGCCUGGGACAACAGUGUUAUGUCUGAGCCUGCCCAGGACAACAGUGUUAUUCCUGAGCCUGCCCGGGACAGCAUUGUUAUAUCUAUGUCAGCCCUAUCCAGUAGUGCUAUGUCUAAGCCAACCCGGGACAGAAGUGUUGUGUCAGAGCCAGAAAGCAAACUGCUUACAGGUUUCUAUUCUAACCCCAACCAAGCACCUACAACACUUGACAAAGAAAACAAAUUGGCUGCAAGUUCUCAUUCUUCCCCCAAACAAAUACCUACAACAACAGCCACAGGAAAAUUGUCUACAGGUUUCCAUUCUUCCAUCAACCAAAUACCUAAAACAACAGCCACUGCUACAGAAACCAAACUGCCUACACGCUCCCAUUCUUCCCCCAAGCAAGUAGCUACAGCGACAGUCACGGGUGAGAAUGCUAUAAAGCCACCAUUCAAGCAGAAGAAAACACCAGGAGUUCAACCAAAGACUAAAUCACCUCAGUCCAGAUUUGAUCCACUGGAGAAUUUCCUAUUCCUGAGGUGUGUGUCCCCACCUCUCUGGAAGCAGUCCACCCCAGCAGGUGCUAGAACCAGGACAGUGCCAGCAGGUGACAGACUAGAGACUGGGAAAACACAGCCCCAAAAGACUGGGUCCUCUUCUGCAAGUGUGAGGGCUCUACCAGCUCCAGCAAGAGACAAAAUGGAGACUGGGAAAACACAACCAGAGCUGUCUGCAGUCAGUGAGUCGGAUAAAAUGUCCACUGAUGCCACUCCCAGAACCCCCAGGGCCAGGCAGAACCUCUGUGUGGAGAAGAAGACAGAGACUCCCAGAACUCCCAAUAAAAAUGGCAGCUCCAAGUCAAGGAGCACAGUCCUUGAUAUUAAAAUGACUGACACAUAUCAAGGUCUCCUGUCCUAUAUUGAGAGUAGCAGCCAGUCUGCCCUGAGCUGUCUGAGUGACCAUGGUGUACUGCCUGCCACACAUCCCUUCUCCUCUCUCUCUCCAGACAUCUCCAGGUUUAUACUCAAACAGUAUGAGAAGUCUCUCCAAGCUGGGACUAAAGAGAACUCUAGGUUGUCCCUGGCUGUGUUAACUGUCCAUGCUCUGGUGGGAGCAGCAGAUAUCCUGACCAGCUGUUGUAUACCCUCUGCCAUAGCUCACCUGACUGCCAUGCAGGAGAAAUACCAAGCUAUACUAGGGGGCUGUCUAGACAGCAUUCGUCGUCAUCUGUUUGAGAGUCAGUACACACUAGACCAGAGGAGAGAGCUGCACCCAAAGCUGAACACCCUCUGCAAGUACCUCAGUGAGUGGUUACACAAGAUGGCGGCUCGCGGCAAGGACCAAGAACCUAAGAUUCUGAUCAUCUGUAGCCGUAGUUUGCCCAGCCUGAUGAUUCAUAUCCAGACUACAGUGUCACUUCUUGCUGGUAUUCAAGCCACCACUUUACCUGAACAAGACACUCCCAGUCUCAGCUAUCACACUAUUACUGAUAGCCUGGACAAGUACAACUGCUUGGUGGUGUCUGGUGGUCAGAUCAGCGCUGACUUUCCCUGGGCCCAGUUCUCCCUGGUCGUAGAGUACGAAUACCUGGAAACCUCUGCCUGGGCACAGUUAUGUCAGAGACAGAAUAUCAGACAUGUCGCCUUGAGGGUUGUCAAGAAGGCAUGGGAAGCAGCUAGUCUGAAUGCUUCAACUCUCAGGACCCCCACUGUUGAGAAACGUCCGCAGUUUACCUUCAUUGCUUCGCAUGAUUUCAUAAACAACGCUGAACUUCUUCAUUCACUGGAGUCAAGAUAUGAUGUCCUGCUCCUGGAGAGAGACUACAGAUGUAUGCAGCGUAGAGAAGCCAUCAGAGAAGCUUACUACGCUGACCUGAUCAUAGACGAGAGGACGUGCGUGGUGUUACACAAGCUGAGUGAUUUAAUGGAAGAUCACCAGGUGGAGCCACUGUUGAAGAAACUGAUUGGACUGAGUUCGAAGUACGAGACAUGCUGGAUGAUCCUGUAUUCACUAUACACGCAGGGUAAACAUACCCAAUAUGCAUACUCUGGCAAUGUCAGCAGCUGUAUCUCCAAGUUACUGGGUACAGUACAUCACCUGUGUAGAACACAAGACAAGUUUGAUGUACAGGUGUUAUACUCUAGUAGUACAGUAGAGACAGCUAAGUUAAUACGUCAGGUGGGUGAGGUCACACUUAAAUCCACCAAGGUGUUAUCACCACAAGACUGGCUGGGCAGGAGCUGGCUAACCCAUGAUAUGAGUACACAUGAAAAAUUCCUGUUGCGUUUUCCUUGCAUCAACUCAUUCAGUGCCCAGAUCCUGCUGACGGUCACCUCCCUGUCCCAGCUGGUGUUGAUUCCCUGGCCACAACUGGUCACUGUGUGUCCAUGGCUGCCACACAAAGUACUCAAGCAAUUUUUCUGCUUGCUGCAUGGCCAAGCAGGCUGCCAACAUUAUAUCCAGACACCAGAUGGCAUUGACAAUCUAAAUAAUAUCCCUAAUGAUGGAACCGUCUACCUUGAAAAUGCAGCUUCCAUGGUGACUGAGCAAGUUGCCCAGGCAACGGAGAUGAAUCCGCCAAUAGGUGUCAGUGCAGUGCAAGACAGACCAAACCCAUUAUUUGAGAAGGUUGCUGAACAUUCAGUCCCCUGUAGUAGCAGACAGGGAGUGAAUCAAGAUGUACAUGACUAUAUGGGUAAUCCUAAAACAAGGCAUUUAUAUGACUGGAACAAACCACCUGGUUCUUUUAGUCAAGUAUCCUACAGUGUGCCUGCUUUCAACACAGAAAAUGAAUUGAAGAGAAAAGGGAGGGAAGAAAGGGCUGAACAAAACAUCUUCCUGCUGGAGAAGAGUGGCACCUCUGCUGGACCGGCAGGGUAUUUUGUUAAUGGAAAGGCACAGUUAGUGCCAUUCCCUGUUCCUCAAACUCAUGACCAGAGAUUAGUCCAUGGAUCCAGUGCCUACAGAUCCUCAUCUAUCAAACAAGAUAACCACAGUCUUCCCCACAUACAGUCCUCAGAGAGUGCACUUCAAGGAAUUCACCAAGCUCUGGCCGUGGUCAGUGCCCAGCCUGAAUACAGUGGCUCCAGAGUGAAGACCCCUGGCCUGGGCCAGAGUAUGCCAGUACCAGGGACCUUGCCUCAGAUUGGCAAUGAUACAGAGAUGAACAAGCAAGUCUUACAUCACACCUCCAUUGGUGCUGUGGCAGGCUCUGAAAUUAAAGGCAGAUAUGAAAUCCCAGGAGUUGUAACCUCAGGUGUUGUGACCUCGGCACCAUCAGUUCCACCAGGCAACCAUAUUGAGUUCCAAUUUCAUCCCAGGACGGCUCCAAAGGAAACUAUGGAGAGGACUGGCACCUUCUCCCCUGGGAAACACCCCAGUGGAAGCCUAGAGACUGUCCCAGGGAUUAAUAUGGUGAACACCACAGGACCAACCCCAGGGAGGACCCUGGGGAGAAGACCUGCGCAGACCCUAAAUCUAAGGUCCAGUUUAGGAGGGGCACAGAGACCAGAACAGGCCUAUAGUCUAGGAGGGGUGUCUGAAGCACAGGGGCCAGGGUGGAGUGAUAUUGAAAGAGGGGUGCCUGAGACACAGAGACAGGGACAGCACAGCAGUCUAGGAGGGGUGCCUGAGGCACCGAGACCAGGACAGGCCUUAAGUCUAGGAGGGGUGCCUGAGACACAGAGACUGGGACAGGCCUAUAGUCUAGGAGGGGUGCCUGAGACACAGAGACUGGGACAGGCCUAUAGUCUAGGAGGGGUGCCUGAGGCACUAAGACUGGGACAGGGCACCAGUCUAGGAGGGGUGCCUGAGGAACAGAGACUGGGACAGGACACCAGUCUAGGAGGGUUGCCUGAAGAACAGAGACCGGGACAGCCCUAUAGUCUAGGAGGGGUGCCUGAGAGACAAACAAUGGGACAGCCCUAUAGUCUAGGAGGCGUGCCUGAGAGACAAACAAUGGGACAGCCCUAUAGUCUAGGAGGGGUGCCUAAGAGACAGACAACGGGACAGGCCUAUAGUCUAGGAGGGGUGCCUGAGAGACAAACAACGGGACAGGCCUAUAGUCUAGGUGUGCCUAAGACACAAGAACCGGGACAGCGCAGCAGCCUAAGAGGGGUGCCUGAGACACCGAGACCACGCCAGGCCUGUAGUCUGGCCCAGCCUGAUGUACUUGGCAAUGUGAUUUGGCAGCCAGGGAGGCCCGUGUCCCCCACACCAGGUGCUGUACCUCAUCUACAUAAUGAAUCUCCGCCCAUGGACCUGGACUCUGACACAGACUCUCCCAGAUGUCCUAGAAGACUUGACCAACACUCACCUGGCCAGUACAGCACAUGUGGUCCUAGAAGACUGGAUGACCACCAGGUGCCCUCUAGUAGUGCCGAUGAGUCCCAAGAGAGUGAGGAGUCCAUCUGCCCCCCUCCACACUGUGUGGUGAUGACCCCUCACACCCCUAAGAGGGUCAAGCUGACCUACGAGAGGAACCCUGGGGCCAAAGAUGGACAGACCAGACUGACCUACUUCUGA